CUGCACAGCUGACUGAUAACAAAAACGGAAGGGGAGAAAUUCUUUUUGGGGUGUAUUUAUUUUGAGCCACUAUUAUUUGCUAGCAUUUAAUUAAAGCAGAUCCAUCGGCUUGCUUGUAAAAUGUCCUAGUGUCCGCUUUCCAACGCCGCGUUCAUUGAUUGCCUCGAGUUCAGGUUCAGUUGCGGUAGCCGCUGGUUCGAUGGCUUUUCGCGGACUCCCCGCCUAAGACAGACAGCCGAAUAAAUAAGAAGCGCUGCUUGUGGGUGGUGGAGCCAGGUGGGUGGUGUUUUGCUGCUGCUGGAGCCCUGAAAAGCAGCCACUUGGUGGGAAGGCGCCAGCCCGGAUAGGCCAUAAAACCUAAUUUCCAGACGGCGCUCAAAUACCACAACUUCCACAGCGCCAGACACGCCACGACGCACAGCAAAGAUGAAAAUCCAUUUUCGGGAACAGUACGGCAGGAAGGGGGAGGAAAUCCUCUAUGUGACGCCAGCAGAUCAGAGCAACAUUGUGCGCGUGCCGCUGCGUGGCGACAAGCUGGUCAUCCAGGAGAAGUUCCUGCUGUUCCGCGUGCUUCAGAAGGUCUUCCUGCCCAAGGGCUAUCCGGAUAGUGUAAGCGAGGACUAUGCGGCAUACCAGAUUUGGGACACGGCCCAGGCCUUCUGCAGCACCAUCUGUGGCACCUUGUGCACACACGCCAUCUUGAAGGGAAUCGGCGUGGGCAGUGAGAACAUCAAUGCCUUUUCCGCCACGGCGACUUGGAUAUUGAAGGAGGGCAGUGGACAUGUGGGGCGCAUAGUGUUCGCCUGGUGGCAGGGCUCCCAGUUGGAUGUGGACUCAAAGAAAUGGCGCUUGCGUGCGGAUUUUCUGAACGAUCUGGCCAUGGGCAUCGAGAUCUACGUGCUUCCCAAGUAUCCGCACUUCAGCACUCAGAUCCUGUGCUGUUCUACCCUACUCAAGGCAAUUGUUGGCGUGGCCGGAGGGGCCACAAGAUCGGCCCUGACCCAGCAUCAUGCCUUGAGGGGGAAUCUGGCGGAUGUGGCCUCCAAGGACAGUUCGCAGGAGACGUGCGUAAAUCUGGUAGCCUCCUUUGUGGGCCUGUAUCUCCUUUCACUGAUCAAGAGUCAGGCUGUCCUGUACACCAUCUUCUACGUGGUGGUCAGCCUGCAUCUAUAUGCCAAUCUGAAAGCGGUACGGGCGGUAUGCUUGCGAAGCUUUAACGAGUCACGCUACUUGAUUGCCCUGGAGGAGUUUUUCAGGUCGUCAAGGAUGCUCAGUCCGCAGCAGGUAAACGCAAUGGAGCGAGUGACUGUUGGCCAAACGGUUUCUGUGUCUCUGAACAUAAAGCUGGGACUGAGCGUUAAAAAUCUGAUUGACGAGUACAAGAGUAGCAGCGUCAUUGAGAACAUAGUGUCCUCGUUUGAUCCACACGAGCACUUCAUCAUCGCAGAGACCAAAAAGUGUCUCGGUGUAUAUCUGCACUUUGAAACGCGUCCGCAGGAUGUGCUGAAGGCGUACUUCUUUGCUGUGUCCUAUUUGCAGGACAGGAAUCAGAUUAAGGAGAAGUACUGGGACAUUCAGACAAAGUGGCAGGAGUUUUUGGCGCUAGCGCAGCAAGAGGGUUGGCUAAUCCAUCAGCACUUGCUGAUGGUGGACGAAUACCGCUUAGACUGGAAGGUGUAGGAGAUGGUGACUUUGAUUGCUUGAUUUUAACCGUAGAUGCUUGCUUUGACCUGAAGAAUUGAUUUCAUUGGACUUCAUUAUCAUUCUCACAUAUCUCACAUGGCUACCAUAGAGCAAAAAUAUUGAUAUUAACUAAGUGGUAUUGAUAUUAACAUAGAUUUAGCUUUGUGAAACAUCUUCCAACUAACUCUGCCUUAGCACAAAGUAAUGUUUGUAACCGAUAUUUGAUAAGAUAAUUUAGCCCUGCUUUUACCCAUGAAUUUAUCGGAAGACAUUAUUUCAAUUACUAGCUGCUACUAGGACUAAAAGAGACACUAAAGAAAAAAAAACAAUCUAUUUUGUAAGGACUUAUUGUAAUUACGCAUUUCGAUAUUUCGAAAGCAAUACAUUUUUAGAUUAUAGUCAUGAAAAAUCUCACAACGAA